AUGACCUGGACAACAUUCAUCACGGCCCCCGCCGUAUCAGUCAAGCAAAUCCACAAAGCCCUCCUCUCCCUCGAAGACUACGAAUACGGCUGCGACCACUCCUGGACCCUCUUCCACAACCUGUCUCAUCUCGACGACGAUGACGCCCACGACCUCACAGAACCCAGCAUCCCGCCACUAGACCUCGACGGCGCCGAUACUCUCGACGCCAGCAACAAUGCUUUCGCUGGGAAGACCCCCGACGAGAUCUAUGCUUUCAUCCAGGCGAACGAAGAGAAGAUGUCUGAUAAGGACCUCACAACCGGCAAUUGGUUGAUCAUCGAUGAGCGGGGGUUCCGGACGGAGACGUGUUUGGUGUGUUCGCUUAACGAGUUAGACGAGGAUGAGGAGAGGGAUCGGUCGCCGUUCUUGAUGGCGAGGUUGCCGUGGGUCGAGUCUUGGGGUAUGUUUACGAAUCUGGAUCUAGCGAAUAUGGGGUUCGACGAGUGGGUGGAUGAGGAGAAGGGGAGGGAUGCUGAUGGGGAGUAUACCUGGGUUGGACCAUUCUCGGAGGAAGUUGAUCAGGAGGUUGUGAAGAAGAGAGAGGUAGCGUUGGAGGAGGCAAGGAAGGAGGGGCUUGUUGAUUAG